GCAACGAAUCACAAACAUGCCACAAAAACUGAUUCAACAUAGCCUCGGGUUUUCCCGAGAAUCGAGAAUGGAUUCAAUAAUGCGAUCAAGCAAGAACAUAAUGUUUUCAACAAGAACUAAAAAUCAACAAAUCUCAAAUUUACUAGAAUUUGAAAGGAAAAAAAUAGACAACAGCGAACAACUGGUAUUAGUUCAAACCACUCGAAACAUUAACAAUGAAAGAGACUCCUUGUCAAAAAUGUUAGCUCUGAGAAAAAUCUAUCAACGACACAGUUUCGAGAAGUACGACCCUGUUCUCCAUCCCCAGAAAAGAAAUCGGUAUUGUCACUUAGACGCCAGAGAUUUAAUGAAGAUGUGGUUUAAAGGAAAAACUGUGUCAAUAGGGAAAACUGAAUCCGACACUCUAUCUCAAACUGACUCGCGUCCUAUGUCUUCUAUAUAUCGUCGAAUGCGCGUGGCUAGCGGGAGGAGCAGAAAGAUGAGUUCUGUGUCAGGAGAAGCCGGCACAUGGGGUAAUUUAUUGACAGAAACAAUCCACGAAGAACCCAAAAGUGAAAUUGGAUCACUGACAGGGGGAGACGAAAAUGACGAUGAUUUGGAAGAAGUUGUGUAUCGUUUGGAUGAUAACAAACUUCACAUCGUACCAAAUAAAACUGUUCUCAGCUCUGAAAGUAAAACAGAAGUAACAAUGGAUGUGAUGAAUCCCAUAUAUAAAACGGAAGGUAAAUCGCAGGAUAACGAGCACACGAAAGUGACAAACGAAAUUCCAUUUAUAACAUGUGAUAAAAUAACAGAAAACGAUGUUAUUAAUAAAAACACAAGUUCAACUUCCUUAGUUGAAGAACAAAUAUCAGAACAACAACUGGACAAUACUUUACCAAAAAGAUACAAACCUGAAGAUCCCUCCCUCGACAAAAAUCAAAAGAAAGAUCUUUUGCAAGAUAUUAAAAACCACGAUCCGUCGAAUGAUACUUUGAAAUCUAAGAAAACAAUCAGGAAAAGCGUUGAAAUAGAUAACGGAAACGUCAAUCGAAACAAAGACACCUCUGAAGAAAGCAUUCAAGCUAAGGAAGAAAAAUCUGAACAGAAUAAUUCCGAAAGGACUGUUUGUGUUGAUCCGGUUAAAAUUGGUAUAACAAAUGAAAGCACUCCAAAAUCUUUAGAACAGACAGAAAAACAAAAUUUAAAUAAUUUAGAACAUGAUUCCCCAAAUAGAAAAACAACCGAUGAAAACACCAAAUCAAUAGCUAGCGCUAAAAAGAAAUAUCAAUUGAGAAAUCAAAAGCUAGCCAAAGAAACUACAAUACUCCCAGAAAGAGAGAACAGCGUCAUGUCGGCCACAUCAAUAUUAUCAAAUAAAUCACAGACCACAAAACAUUUACCAACUUCAAGUGGUGUAACGACAACCCAUCGUACAAAAAGUGAGAAAAAUGUAAAAGGGGCUACAAAAGACAUGCAUGAAAGCGUUGUUAAUAAUAACAACACAGGAAAUGCAAAUUAUAAACUUUCCCAAAUGCCUAAAGAUAGAACUAACAUGUCUGCAAAAUCAAAGAAUUCUGCAAAGAUAUCAACAUGUGUAGCACCAGCAAGAGAAAAAUCUUCCCUGUCAAUGAAAACCCUAUCGAAGGAAAAGACAAUACUAUCCAGAAAUUCAAUAUCAAGAGAGAACACAAGCGUAUCAGACAGAGGAAAAGAAAAGAUUGACCUUCCUCGUGUAAAAUCGAUAACAACGGACUCUGGUAAAUCUGUAAGAGAUUCAACAUCACGUGAUAUAUCCGUAAGAGAAUCGACACCACGUGAUAUAUCUGUAAGAGAAUCAACAGCAGGUUAUAAAUCUGUAAGAGAAUCGAAAUCACGUGAUAAAUCUGCCAGGAAAUCUACAUCACGUGAUACUUCUGUAAGGGAAUCGACAUUCCGGAAGGAUUAUACUAGGAAUGAAACAAUUAAGGCAACGGGUUCGAAUUUAAAGAAACAGCAAAAUCACUCAGCAAUUUCAAUCGAUACAAACAUACCAAUGACCGCUCCUGGUAUUCUUAAACGAUCAAAUCCGGAAACAGAUUCUAGACAUAUUCAAAAUAAAAGUACAAAUGAUACAAGAAGAUCAAGUAGUGCUUCUACUUUAAGAUAUGAUACCAACCAUAUUCACAAUGCAGCUACAAACAGACCUGUAAACUGGAAAGGACUGAUCAAUAAACUGAGAGGACAAAAUACAGGGGCAAUAGUUGAUGAUCGGGUCAUUGAUGCAAAAAGCACGAGACGUCUCAAGCGCCGCGAGAAGACCUUUGUUUUAUGUCGAGAAAGAACAAUAUUUCCGGGUGAAUGUAAAUCAACGUGGCAAAUGCGUAAAUUUAUUGAACGCGAGGUAAGUGACCUCAUGUUUUCGCAAUCACCAAAAGGUAAACGACAAUAUCAAAUCGACUUACUAAAAGAGAGGGAAAACUUAAGACUACCGUUAUUUGUAGACAAUACAAAAUCGACCUCUGCAAUAUUACGAGAUUUCAAACACAUCAGAAACGUUGAAAGAACUGUUACAGCACCGUAGACUUUUUCAUACAGAUAUUUUUUUCCAAAUCAAUGGAAGAUUAAAGUUAGUGAUAUACAUGGUGUUGAAAGGUGCAAAUCUGCGUUGAGAUAGUUUGUGAAAGCAUGACAAUAACACAAUUAUGAAACUGUUCUGUGUGUCAGAAAACAAACUGAGCUCGUUAGUGCUCAUAUAAGUACAUACUACAGAAACAACGAUCAAAACUAUAGUUUUGGAACGAAGUAGAAAAUAAAAUAUUUUUUUCUAA